AUGUCAGCUGCAACCGCCACUCCCGCUCUCCGUGGCAGAGACGACGUCCUCGGCGCAUUCGAUGGCUUCAGACAACAUCUUGACGAACACCACGACCGGAGAGAGAGGCUGAUUAAGUCCAGCCGAGAUGCUACCAAUCUCUCCAAGAAGGUCAUAUUUUUGCUGCAUCGCCUCAUGACUGAAGAUACUUCCGACCCGCGCAAGGCCGCGCGGCGAGGACACGAGAAGCUGAAGGAGGUGCAGCAAAUAUACGCCGGGAUGGCCGACAAGGGCGAGCUUGAAGGGGACCGAUUCUGGCGGUAUCAGCACCAAGUAUCGCCAGGAUUGCAAGAAUACAUCGAAGCACUGUCAUACGCGCAUUAUCUCGAGCACGAGACCCUAAUCUCUUUUGAGGAAGUACAACGGUCCUUAUGUAGGGAGGAUGGGACGCCGUACUUCCCACUCACAACAUCAGACUACUUGCUCGGUAUAUCUGAUUUGACGGGAGAGCUUAUGCGCUUCGCAAUAUCGAGCAUCUCACGUCGAGGCGGCAGGACGAAGGCCGCCGAGAUCUGCGCAUUCGUGAGGGAUUGCAAAGCCGGCAUGCCACUUUCUCCUUCAAAUCAAAAGGCACUCAUCCGCCUUACACCAUACGUCCGCGAGCUACACAAGAAGCAAGCGGUGACCUCACAGUCGCUGCAGAAAAUCGAAGACGCCGCCUACACCAUCGCUGUCCGCUUCUCGGAGUACGACGUACCACCAGAGAUGAUGGAGGAUAUUGUAUCGAGUACGGUAGCCAAUUUCAGUGCCGAUCCCCGAGACUCAAGAGCCGGUAGGGGAAGGAGGGACGACUACGAUGAUGAGGGGCGGGAUGAAUAUGAUUGA